AUGGCAGCGAGGAAAUUGGCUCAAGAGGUCGACAAGUGCUUCAAGAAGGUGGCGGAGGGAGUCACCGAAUUUGAAGCCAUCUACGAGAAGAUCGAGCAAUCGAGUAACCCCGCCCAGAAGGACAAGCUAGAAGAUAACCUCAAGCGCGAGAUCAAGAAGCUCCAGCGACUGAGGGAUCAGAUCAAAACAUGGGCCGCUAGCAACGACAUCAAAGACAAGGCUCCGCUGCUGGAGCAUCGGAAGCUAAUCGAGACGCAAAUGGAGAAGUUCAAGGCCGUGGAGAAAGCCAUGAAGACGAAAGCAUACUCAAAGGAAGGCCUAUCAGCCGCCGCCAAGCUCGAUCCCAAAGAGCAGGCAAAGGUUGAGGCCAGCGAAUUCCUAAGUGGCAUGGUCGACGAGCUGGAGCAGCAAAUCGAGACACUCGAAGCUGAGGGCGAAUCGAUACAAGCAACGAUGAAGAAGGGCAAGAACAACACUGCGAAAACCGACCGUAUCGCCGAAAUCGAACGUGUUAUCGAACGACAUAAGUGGCAUCAGGGAAAGCUGGAGCUUAUUCGGAGAUCCCUCGAGAAUGGUGGCGUUGAGCCCGAACAAGUCACCGACCUAGAAGAGAGUAUUCGAUACUAUGUGUCAGACGGCAUGAAUGAGGACUUCAUGGAGGAUGAGGAAAUGUACGAGGAGCUGGAUCUCGAGGAUGAGGAAGGCACCUUUGGCAUGGGUAUUGAUGGCGAGAAGGGCUCUUCUCAAGAUACUCAAUCCGUGCAGGAGGAUCUAACAACCGACAACGAAUUGCCAAAGACACUGACCAGGAAGACGCAGAAGGAAGUUGACCCUGUACGGCGGACGUCUUCGCAGACAAAGUCACCUUUACCUGCACUCGCGACACUUCACGCCCCUCUACCAACAAUCAGCAAUGGCAGCUCGGGUUCGCCCGCUAUGAAGCCCGCAUCAGUACCGACGAGACCCGCAGGGGAAGGUCUGAAGUAUGCAUCAGCUGCCGCCGCCGCCGCGGCAAGCGACAAGAACAACGUGGGUAUUGCUCCGUUACCUCCGCCGCCCGGUGUCGCCACUUCAAGCAUAUCUCCGAUACCUCAAUCUCGAAGCAGUGCGACCAACUCUCCUGCGAUAUCAGCUUCCCAACCCGCCUCUCAGCAACCAGAGUCCAAACAACCCACGCCAGCUCCAGCUCAUGUCGAGCCAGAACCCGUCCCAGCGCCAGCGCCAUUGCCUGUUCCUACGAAACAGACCAAGCGAUCCAAGGCUGCUGGGAAGCAAGCUGCGGUGCCCGAGACUACAACCCCGACAAAGCCCCAACGGACAAAUGGCACAGCCAAUGGUGUCAAACCUGUCGAUCAAGAGGAGGAGUCCAUCUACCACUUGCCAGCAUCGUUGCAGGAUCUUGUUGAUACAUAUGAGACAUCCAGAAAACGCCCAUAUCAUCCCUCUUCGCCAUCAACUCUGCGCUUGAUGGCGGCCAGUCAAGCCAGCUGCCCUGAUAUUGUAGAUGCCGAUGUGCCAAGAUCAUACCAACCUGAAGUACCGGCACACCCAACAGGGUCAGGUUUCCCUCGAGAGCCGCUUGCCAUCCUCGACGACCCAAGGUUGUACUCCCGCAUCGACCCCGACACGCUUUUCUACGUCUUUUACUACAAGCAGGGCACCGCCCAGCAGUACAUGGCAGCCAAGGCUCUCAAAGAUCAGAGUUGGCGUUUCCAUAAGCAAUAUCAGACUUGGUUUCAAAGACACGAGGAGCCUAAGAACAUCACUGAGGACUUUGAACAAGGAACAUAUCGCUUUUUCGACUAUGAGAGCACAUGGAUGAAUCGUCGAAAAGCCGACUUCAAGUUUGCCUACAAGUUUCUUGAAGAUGAGGUUUAG